CGACGGUAUAUAGAUGUGCCUGCGCAUCUCUCGCCUGUAUAUCAGUAUAUUUGAAUUGUGUGAGAAGCUAGUUUAUUGUGCACGUUGAACGAACGAAAAUGCUACGCUUUGCGAUUUUAGCUGCAGUGGUGGUUUUCGCCUCAGGCGCCCCACAGUCUAAUUUUGUCUUUAAGAACGACAUCACUCCUGAGGAAGCUCAGCAGUACUUGAACCAACUGCCUUUCAACGAGCCUAAGCUUGCUGGCCGCACCGCUGUCUUACCGCUGGUCCGUUACGACGACCCUAGGUUUCGUUCAGCCGAGGCCGGCCCAACUCUUGGCCACUACUGGAAAGAUGGGCAUGAGAUCGAGAACACCAAUGACUAUCUUGAGGAGGUCUACAACGCAGCCCAGUACCACGGUCAGGAUGGUCUAGGUCAAUACGCCUACGGCUAUGAGACACCCGAGUCCUCCAAGGUGGAGAACCGCAAGGGCUCAGGAGUUGUGUCCGGAUCUUACGUGUACCAGGUUCCUGGCCAAAAGGAUCUUGUCAAGGUAAACUACUACGCUGACAGCCAAGGUUUCCACCAAGAGGACAACCUCCCCAAGGUUGAGCUGAAGCCUGCUGAAGAGACCCCAGCGCUGAGGGAAGCUCGUCUUGCUUUCGAGAAGGCAUGGAACGAGGCAGCUGCAGCCAACGCCAAGGCUCCCACCGUCCCACCACCUCAACAGAACUAUCAGCAAAACUACCAACAAUACGGCAACUACCAAGCCCAGGCUUCUGAACAAGACGGUGUCGUAGUCGCUGCCCCCGAAGCUAACCAGGCUCGUGAAAGCAAAGCCGUAGCUUAUGCUCAGGCCCAGAACGGCUACGUGCAAAGAAACCAGGCUUCAUAUGGAGCGCAACAGAAAUACCAACAACCAGAGGAAGAGGUUGAACCCACGGGUCCCCCUCAUGGUUUCUUCUACAGCUUCAACUACCCCGUCUCCAUCAUUGUUCCCAAGAAAGAGGUCGAUACUGGCUACCGUGUUGACGAAGACACCGUCGGUGUUGGACACCAAUAAACCAAACUAGCUUGACACUUUUGGACAAAACUUCAUUACAUUUUAGCUUCUGCGUAAUUUUGUUUUGUUCAAAAAUGUCUAGUCUCUUAAGUUUAAUUAGGGCUAGAAAGUUUUUGACUAUUUAGUAGUACAAAUUAAUAACUUUACUAUCAUCUAAGGAUUCAAGAUUGAAUCUUUUAUUGCCUUCAAUAUUAGUUGCUAAUAUGCCUUGCCUAUCUAGUACAAAACUUUCUAGACCAUUUACGAUCCUUUGAUUUCGCUUACUGUUAGUUCAGUAGGUUGAAACAUAGAUGGUCAUCAAGAUAUUAAUUUUAUGAGUACCUUAGCUAGCCGAUAGUCUAAUGAAGUAGUUUGUAUGACUGUAGUAACCUAAUUACGAGUUAACUGAAUGUUCAAUAGUUAGAUUAUCGGCCUGUUCUACAAAUGUUGCCAUUUUAGGAGCGGUAGUGUCGCUUUGUACAUUUUAAUUUGAAGUAGCAUUGUUGAAAGCGGAAUUAUGUUUUAUGUUUUUUUUUUAUUGGUAUCCUUUUGUUUUAAUUUUUUUCCGAUAUUUUGGACUGUUUAUAACUCUGUAUGCUACUUUGAAUUGAUUGUCAUUUCUGGCCUGGUUAGAGAUUGAUAGUAUAACCAAUGUUUUAAGUAUUUAAAAUUUUGCAAUAGCACUAUGUUCUUUUUCUUUUUGUUUCCGUGGUUAGACUCUUGAACUCAGCCUUGCUAAAAGUUAAGUUUUGUUACCAUAAUGUCUUAGAUAUAAUGUAUAGUAUGUAUGUUAUUUUAAGGCUUCAGUUUAUGACAGCAAUCUGUGACUUAAUUAUUAUUUUAUAAUAAUAAAGCAUUUUGCAUAAAA